GUGCUUAGUUGCGUUUUCAACGCCACCCGCUUUGGAUUAACGUGCCCGAAGAUGAUAAUAACCGCGAAAUUGGUUAGCAUUUGCCUCGGCGUGGCUUUGACGGCCUUCACCGUUUCCACAAUUGUGCUCGCGGUGCAAAAGUCCAAUCUCAAGGAUGAUUUACGCGAUGCCCAAGAGAAAAUCGAUCAACUAGAGGCGGGUUUUGCAUCCACUUCGACGUCUACAACAACUACCACAACCACAACGGUAGCUCCAGGACCCACAGAAGAAGGACCUAGCACAGUGGAGCCUAGUUCAACUACAGAGGGUUCAAGUACCGCGGAUCCUGGCACUACAGUUGCGCCUGAGAAAAUCGAUUAUCGCCUGCCCACCGCAUUGACGCCCACCAACUAUGAUCUGUAUCUGAAUCCGGAUAUCGAGACGGGUCUCUUCAGUGGCCGUGAAACUAUUAACAUUACCGUGAACGAGGCCACCAAUCAGAUUGUGUUGCACUCGCUGUACUUGGAUAUACAGAAUCCGUCUGUUUAUGAAUCAACGGGAACAAAUGUCGUUGUCUCGGGUUUCACUUUCGAUUCGGUUAGGGAGUAUCUGAUCAUCAAUCUGAGUCAAGAACUCACCGUCGGCUCAUUCAUUCUGCUCACGCUCGACUUCUCCGGAAACAUGGCCAGCAAAAUUGUCGGUUUGUACAGCUCGUCGUAUCUGAAGGCAGAUGAAUCCCGCAAAUGGAUUGCGACAUCCAAGUUCGAGCCAACCUACGCUCGUCAAGCAUUUCCCUGCUUCGAUGAGCCCGCUCUGAAGGCGACCUUUGAGAUUACUCUGGUGCAUCCGGUCGAUGGCAAUUACCAUGCGCUGUCCAACAUGAAUGCCGAUUUGGAGAUCAAUCAGGGCACCUACACCGAAGUAAUGUUCGCCAAGAGUGUGCCGAUGAGUACAUAUUUGGCCUGUUUCAUUGUCUCGGACUUCGAGGCCAAGUCCGUGGACAUUGAUACCAAGGGCAUUGGCAACACCUUCCAAAUGGGCGUCUACGCAACGCCAGAGCAGAUUGACAAAGUGGACUUUGCCUUGGAUGUGGGCAAAGGUGUCAUUGAGUACUACAUUGAAUACUUCCAAAUUGAGUAUCCGCUGCCUAAGCUCGAUAUGGCUGCCAUUCCCGACUUUGUCUCCGGUGCUAUGGAGCACUGGGGUCUGGUCACCUAUCGCGAGACUUCGCUGCUCUACGAGGCGGCAACCAGUUCGGCUGUGAACAAGCAGCGCAUUGCUAGCGUCAUUGCUCAUGAGUUUGCCCACAUGUGGUUUGGAAAUUUGGUUACCAUGGACUGGUGGAAUGAUCUGUGGCUAAAUGAGGGAUUCGCCAGCUUCAUCGAGUAUUUGGGCGUCGACUCUGUGUUUCCCGAAUGGCAAAUGCGCGAUCAGUUUAUCGUUGGCACUUUGCAUGCAGUGCUUACAUUGGAUGGCACUUUGGGAUCUCAUCCCAUUAUUCAAACAGUCGAGAAUCCCGAUCAGAUAACAGAAAUCUUUGACACGAUUACGUAUUCGAAAGGCUCUUCGUUGGUUCGCAUGUUGGAAGACUUUCUGGGUGAGACAAUCUUCCGUCAAGCGGUUACAAACUAUCUGAAUGAAUACAAAUACAAGAACGCCGUAACCGAUAACUUCUUCACGGAGAUUGACAAACUGGAGCUGGAUUAUAAUGUGACUGAUAUAAUGCUCACAUGGACAGUGCAGAUGGGUUUGCCAGUGGUCACGAUCGAAAAGGUCUCGGAUACUGAAUACAAAUUGACACAGAAGCGCUUCUUGUCCAAUCCCAACGACUAUGACGAAGUGCACGAGGCUUCUGAAUUCAACUACCGUUGGUCGAUACCCAUCACAUACACGACGAGUGCCAAUUCGGCAGUGCAGCGGGAAUGGUUUUACUACGACCAGAGCGAAAUCACCAUAACUGUGCCCAGCGCCGUGGAAUGGAUCAAGUUUAAUCACGACCAGGUUGGCUACUAUCGCGUCAACUACCCCAAUACCUUGUGGGAAGUUCUGGCCAAUCAGUUGGUCUCUUCUCCCGAAACCUUUACUGCCGGCGAUCGUGCUUCUUUGUUGAACGAUGCCUUUGCCUUGGCCGAUGCAACGCAGUUGCCUUACGAUGUGGCAUUCGAUAUGACCAAAUACCUGGCCAAGGAAGAGGACUAUGUGCCCUGGAGUGUGGCUGCCUCGAAGCUGACGUCCCUGAAGCGCACUUUGUACUACACGAGCAGCUAUGUCAAGUACAAGAAAUACGCCACGGCCCUGAUUGAGCCCAUCUACACAGCACUCACAUGGACUGUGGGCGACGAUCAUUUGAACAACCGCCUGCGCGUGACAGCCUUGGGAGCAGCAUGCUCGCUAGGUCUUGAGGCCUGUCUGACUGAGGUGGGCGUGCAGUUCAACACGUGGCUAGCAGCUCCCACUCAGCGUCCCAAUCCGGAUGUGCGCGACACGGUUUACUACUAUGGCAUGCAGUCGGUGGGCAACCAAGAGACGUGGGAGACCGUCUGGGAGCUGUUUGUGAACGAAGCCGAUGCCAGCGAAAAGUCCAGGCUGAUGUAUGGCCUGGCUGCUGUUCAGGAGCCGUGGUUGCUGCAACGCUACAUUAGUCUCGCCUGGAAUGAGGAGUAUGUGCGUGGUCAGGACUAUUUCACCUGCUUGACCUACAUCUCGGCUAAUCCCAUGGGCGAAUCCCUGGUGUGGGAUUAUGUGCGCGAGAACUGGCUGCAGUUGGUGGCACGUUUUGGCCUCAACGAGCGUUAUUUGGGCAAUUUGAUACCCUCGAUAACGGCGCGAUUCAACACGCAAACUAAACUCGAGGAGAUGGAGCAAUUCUUUGCCAAGUAUCCAGAGGCAGGAGCUGGCACAGCUGCGCGUGUUCGCGCCCUGGAGACUGUGAAGAACAACAUUGUCUGGCUGGCUGAAAAUCUCGAAAGUGUUGACGCUUGGCUCGACAGGCAGUUACUUGUCGUCGCUCUAAACGUAAAUAUGUUAAAAACGGACGCUAGGAUACACACAAUACUUUUUUUACUCGUGGCAAUAAUUGCCAUGCUUAAUGGAUUAACGGCUAAAAAUGCGAUUAACUAUCGUCUGCCCAAAGCGCUUGUGCCCACGAACUAUAAAAUACAUUGGUCCCCUCGUCUAGACAAAGGCUAUUUCGAUGGAAUGGCAGUGAUUCAAAUUAAAGUCAUCAAGCCUACCAAGCAAAUCAUUUUGCAUUCUGAUAAGCUAUUCAUCCGCAGUGUUUAUGUACCAGGCAAAAGAGUGGUUAAAUAUGAACUUGAUUCUGUCCGUGAGUUCCUGAUAAUUGAUUUGAAGGACAAAUUGUUGUCAAAUGAGGCCAUAGAAUUGAUGUUAGGUUUUAAAGGAAAAACUCAAAAGAAGCUAAGCGGAAUGUACACUAGCAGCUAUCAAACUUUGGACGGUCAGCAAAGGAAUAUGGUCACAACUAAAUUUGAGCCAACUUAUGCUCGUCAGGCCUUCCCCUGUUUCGAUGAGCCCGAUAUGAAGGCAACAUUCAGCAUCAGUGUCACUCAUCCCAGUGAAGGAUCGUACGAUGCUGUCUCCAAUAUGAACAAAAUUAAAUCGCUGAAAAUGGGUAAAAAUACAAUGGCUGUCUUUGCUACGAGCGUUCCAAUGAGCACAUAUUUGGCCUGUAUUAUUGUCUCAGAUUUUAAGAAAUUAAAUAGCACCGUUAAGGCCAAUGGCAUUGGAAACGAUUUCCAGAUUGACGCAUAUGCCCAACCUCAUCAGUUGAGCAAAGUGCAAUUUGCUCUGGAGGUUGGAACUGCUAUUACAGAGUACUACAUUCGGUACUUUAAAGUACCUUAUCCUCUGCCGAAGUUGGAUAUGGCUGCAAUUCCCGACUUUGCUGCGGGUGCAAUGGAACAUUGGGGCUUGGUGACAUAUCGCGAGUCUCUUCUCCUAUAUGAUGAGAAUUAUAGUUCCACGUGGAACAAACAGUAUACAGCUAGCAUUUUGGCUCACGAAAUUACUCACCAAUGGUUUGGCAAUCUUGUUACUAUGAAGUGGUGGAACGAUCUUUGGCUAAAUGAGGGAUUCGCUAAUUUCAUGCAGUGGAAGGGAGUCAAUUCUGUUUAUCCGGAUUGGGAAAUGCUGGAUCAAUUCAUAACAGAGGAACUGCAUCCAGUGCUGAUAAUCGAUUCCAAACUCUCAUCACAUCCAAUAGUUCAAAGGGCUGAAUCCCCUGAUCAGAUCAUAGCUCUCUUUGAUACCAUUACUUACAACAAGGCUGGCUCAAUCCUGCGAAUGUUAGAGAACCUUGUAGGCUCUGAGAAAUUCGAGAAAGCAGUUACGAAUUACUUGAUUAAAUUCAAGUAUGGCAAUACGGUGACCGAUGACUUCUUGACCGAAGUGGCUGCUUUGGUCGACGAUUUUGAUGUAAAGCAUUUGAUGCGUACAUGGACCGAGCAGAUGGGUUAUCCAGUGCUCUAUGUGUCCCGCACCUUUGCAGGUUUUACCAUCACACAACAGCGAUUUCUUUCAAACAAGGAGAGCUAUAACGAAGCAGCAGAACCAAGUGAAUUUAACUACAAAUGGACCAUUCCAGUUAAAUAUACACUGGAAAAUUUUGCGAGUGAUAAAGUCCAGAGCAUGAUCUUUCAUUAUGAUCAAGACUCUGUAGCUAUUGCAACGUACAGAAAAGUUAAAUGGAUCAAGCUAAAUGUGCAUCAGUAUGGGUAUUAUCGCGUCAACUAUGAGAACAGUCUUUGGGAUCAAAUCAUCAAUCAACUUUAUGAUAAACACACUCGCUUUCAUACUACCGAUCGUGCGAAUCUGCUGGAUGAUGCCUUCAGCUUGGCGGAUGCCAGUCAAGUGUCUUACAAUGUACCCCUAAGGAUGUUAUCUUAUCUGGUACGAGAAAAGGACUUUAUGCCUUGGUAUGUGGCUGUCGCUAAGCUGCAGAUCCUAAAGAAUAUCCUGUUCACUACAGAUAUUUAUAAUCGCUUCGUCAAAUAUGCGCGUAGUCUUCUCGUUAAUGUCUACCCAGAAGUGGGCUGGACUGUGGAGGAGAACAACCAUUUGAGAAAUCGCCUGCGAGUUUCCGUGCUGACUGCAGCCUGCUCUUUAGGCCUUCCUGAUUGUCUUAGUCAAGCAGCUCAGCAUUUCACCAAUUGGCUCAAUAAUCCAACUGCUGCCAAUCGACCAGCUCCUGAUCUGCGUGAGGUCGUCUACUACUACGGAAUGCAGCAGUCGAGUAGCGAGUCAAACUGGGAGAAGCUUUUGGAGAUUUUCAAGGCUGAAACCGAUGCCAGCGAAAAGACGAAGCUUAUGUAUGGUCUUUCCGGUGUGCGGGAUGCUAAGCUACUUUAUCGCUUUCUUGUACUGGCUACAAAUGAAAGCAUUAUACGGAGACAUGAGUAUUUCAAUUGCCUUGAAGCUGUUGCCGCCAAUCCCGUCGGUGGGCCAAUUGCCUGGAAUUACUACCGGAAUAAAUGGCCGCAACUGGUAAAGCGCUUUGGACUACAUGAUCGCAAAAUGGGCACUGUAAUUGCCAAAAUUACUGACCGCUUCUCAACUAACGUGAAGUUGGAGGAGGUGCAACAGUUCUUUAAGAAAUAUCCGGAGGCUGGAGCUGGUGCCAGAUCUCGUCAGGAGGCCAUCGAAACCAUCAAGUACAAUAUUAAAUGGCUGCGGGAAAAUUAUGCACCUAUAAAAAAUUGGGUGACGAAGCAAUCUUCUUCAAAGAAUCAUGCAAAUAAUUCAAGUUUUAUAUUGACGGAGAAAUCUUCUUCAAAGAAUCAUGCAAAUAAUUCAAAUUUUAUAUUGACGGAGAAAUCUUCUUCAAAGAAUCAUGCAAAUAAUUCAAAUUUUAUAUUGACGGAGAAAUCUUCUUCAAAAAAUCAUGCAAAUAAUUCAAAUUUUAUAACUCCAUGGGUGAGUGAAAGUAUUGAAAUACUUAUCCAACUAUAUCAUCUUUUGUUCAAAUAAAAAGCUGUAAAUCUAUGUGCACAUAAUAAUAAUAUGUGCUAUAUUUAAUAUACUUUACAGGUAACUUUGGCCGCGUUGCAUUUUGAUAUAAAUAUUUCUAUGUUAAACAUUUUGAUCAAUAAAAUAUACAAAUUUCAGAAUUAUAUAA